GGGGUCAAAAACAUCUAUCCCAGCAAGUGCUAUACUCUAGUGAUGGAAGAUAUUGUUGAAGAAACAACAACACAAGAUCUGCCAGUCACCACACCCACAUCCUCACCAACAAACACAACAAAAGAACAAGUUGAAGAAGAAACAACAACGGUGAACGUCAAUGAGGAAGUGGAGAUCUAUGGGGUGAAAAACAUCUAUCCCAGCAAGUGCUAUGCUCUAGUGAUGGAAGAUAUUGUUGAAGAAACAACAACACAAGAUCUGCCAGUCACCACACCCACAUCCUCACCAACAAACACAACAAAAGAACAAGUUGAAGAAGAAACAACAACGGUGAACGUCAAUGAGGAAGUGGAGAUCUAUGGGGUGAAAAACAUCUAUCCCAGCAAGUGCUAUGCUCUAGUGAUGGAAGAUAUUGUUGAAGAAACAACAACACAAGAUCUGCCAGUCACCACACCCACAUCCUCACCAACAAACACAACAAAAGAACAAGUUGAAGAAGAAACAACAACGGAUCUGCCAGUCACCACACCCACAUCCUCACCAACAAACACAACAAAAGAACAAGUUGAAGAAGAAACAACAACGGAUCUGCCAGUCACCACACCCACAUCCUCACCAACAAACACAACAAAAGAACAAGUUGAAGAAGAAACAACAACGGAUCUGCCAGUCACCACACCCACAUCCUCACCAACAAACACAACAAAAGAACAAGUUGAAGAAGAAACAACAACGGAUCUGCCAGUCACCACACCCACAUCCUCACCAACAAACACAACAAAAGAACAAGUUGAAGAAGAAACAACAACGGAACCACUUCGUGUCACAUUUCAUACUCCAUCCAUCCGAAGUCUAUUCGGAUUCGUGCAGUUAGGCUCAAUUCGAUGGGGCUAUACCAAUGAAUAAAUGAAUGACUUUUGUGAAAGAGAUUUGAGCAAGUCGGAAUAAUGCACAACAUGAGAUACAUGUUUCAUUCAGUACUCUUCUUGCACAGCAGACAGUAGUCACCAUCUCCACGAAAGUGGACACAUAGACUGAGUAAGUGAUUGAGUGUGUCAGUGAGUGAUUUACUGAGUGACUGGCUGUCAAUUCUUUUCACAUAUUCUAUUCUCGACACGAAGAAUGUCAACGCGUCUCCUUCCAUGUGGUCGUUUGCAGCUGAAUCGGACACAACAUUGUCACAGAUUUCGGAUAUUCACUCUCUACGCCAUCCCACAUUUGUCGAUUUCGUCACCCGCUGAUUGAGUGAGAGGCGCGGGUAGCAAGCAUCUCCACAUUCACGGCCACUUCUGAUAUGACAGUCACUCUGCGUCUACCUUGUGUAGUUCUCACGGGCUUCAUAUCCCCGUGAAAUCCCAGUGACGCAUCCCACUGCGUCUCACUGCGUCAAUCUCCUUAUCAAGUGUGUGUGGCUACAAAUUUCUCAGCGUGCAUAGCUAUGAUUCCACAAAGACUUCGUCAGUUUCUGGGCUGAUCCACACUGUGCUUGUCUGAAUCAUUUCGUGGAGGCGAUGGAUAGUCGCUGAGCCGUCAAUGGAACACCUGAACUCUCAGUAGAUUGGAAUGCAGGCGAUUUGUGGAGGUCAGUACGCUGGAGACUGGAAUUCAAAUGCACCAACCACUCAGUGUGAGCAGACAUACAGUCAGACACAGAGAAAGAGAGAGAGAGAGAAAGAGACAGAAGACAGUGAUGCAUCAUUCAGUCUGUAUACCGUCAGACAUGGUUGUGAUGACUGCUGCUUAGUUGUCGUCUGCGUCUCCACUCGAACGUCACGUCCUGCAUAUUUUCUAACAUGCUGACCUUUACUUUCUUUGAUUUUGUAGUGAAAUUUGUUGACGAUUUGGAUUAUUGGAUGGCUGUUUAAUUAGCGCUCAGGUUCCUUCUCAAUUUGCAAGACUUUUUUAUUCUGUCUUUUAUCUGAUGUCAAUUUUGCACUAACCCAUGUUUUCUCUACACGCCAACUAUUGACAUACAUUUCCCAUUUGACUUUUAAUUUGUCGUUUUUAUUUCUGUAACCUUAAAAUUUUUUUUGUUUUAAUUUUCUCAAAUCUACUUAAUAAAUAACGAUAAUGCACAAUUCAUCUGUUUUAUUUCAG